GCUUCCGCCGCGGGCGAACUUUGAACCUGAACCUCUAGCCAGCCUCUGAAACCGCUCUCUGCUUCCCGCUUGCAACGGGUUGCUCACCUUCCCUUGCACGGUCGCAAGGGUUUUCCUACCUUCAUUAUUCGAUAUCCCAAGAAUUCGAUAUAAUACCCUCAAGCUCACACUGCAUCUCACUCCCUAUUCUGGCCCUCAAGUAAUAACGCAACCGGCUGCGCGAAGAUUGGACUCACACUCUUAUGAAUAAUACAAGACAUAUUAAUAUUGUAACCCGUCUGAGACCUCCUAUUACCAACGAGGUAAACGAUGACGGCGUGCGAGUGACUCGAGAAGGGGACAGGCAUUUCAUCUCGGUGAACAACCCCCGAGAUUUGACUCAGGUUUUCAAGUAUCCCUUUUCCUCGUGUUAUGAUCAAGAUUCCACACAGCAGGAAAUCUUUGACAAUGAGGUUGAACCUAUGACUGAGGAUGUCUAUGCAGGACUUACCGUCACCAUUUUUGCUUACGGUGUAACAUCAUCAGGCAAGACUCAUACUAUGCAAGGAACAAAGUCCGACCCUGGGAUCAUUCCUAGAGCUGUUGAGUCGUUAUUCCAGAGAAAACGUAAACAGGCUAAUGUCACACUCGCCAUUUCGUACAUGGAAAUUUACAAGGAUGAAGUCUAUGACCUGCUCAUCGAUCGCGAGAACGCACCCAAACUCCCAGUCCGCGAAAACGGAGCAGGUCAAGUCUUCGUUGCGAACCUCUCUUCACAAGUGGUCGACAGAGUGGAAGAAUUUCAUCAGAUAUACUCAGAGGCGACGUUGCGACGGUCGGUGGCUUCCACUAACUUGAACAGAGCGUCAUCACGUUCGCAUGCCAUCCUCACCAUCACCGUCACCAUUUCUGAUCCAACUCUAGGGAAAGCUCUUUCAGGAAAGCUCAAUCUGGUUGACCUCGCCGGAUCAGAGAACAACAAACUCACUGGAAAUGACCCGUCUCGUAUGGCUGAAUCCUCGGCUAUCAACAAGUCUCUGAGCGUGCUUGGACAAGUUGUUCAUGCCCUAAACCAGGGUGCCAGUCGAAUUCCGUAUCGCAACUCCAAGCUUACCCGUAUUCUUCAAGAUGCUUUGGGUGGCUCUUCAGUGGGCUUGCUCAUUUGUAACAUUGCACCAGCGCCCAAAUACCGUCAAGACACGCUCAACACGUUGAACUUCGCAACCCGAACAAGGAAUAUUGAGAAUAAGCCUGUCAUCAAUGAGAAGGACCUGAAGCCUGCCCCUAAGCCGCCUAUGUCGAGGCGUUUACCUCAAGCUCCUGCACGCCGACCAUCCGAAGUGCCUUCAGGUCUCACCAGCCGCAUUGCUCGUCCAUCUCUUACCCAUGGACCUUCACGGUCCUCCCUGCCGUCUUCCACAAUCCACUCUGAACCCGUGACCGUAAACGUGAACAUACCUCCUCAAAAUCCACCUCCGGCACCCGGGUUGACAGAAGAAGAAAUCGACGCGAGGAUUGCGAAAGCUGUUGAAACUGAAGUUGCAAGACGACUCGCGGAGCACGAGAAACAGAAGGCAAUUGAAACGGAGAGCAGAGUCAGCCUCGAAGAAGGUCCAUCAAAUAGUUCGCAAAAGAGCCCUGUUGUAGAAGAUCCUUCAUCGCACAUUGGUCAUAUGUCUGUGGACGAAGACCUAAGGCAAAGGCUGGCUGAACUCGAACAGAAGUUGUAUGUCUUUACAAUCUUUGUCUGGAUCAUGCUCCCAUUGAUUCACUCGCAUCCUGCCAGUGAGACCGGGAACUCCGAGCUUCGAAUGGUCAGCGAUCUAUCACCGGCUUCUAGGAAGAGGACGGGCAGGGCGUACGUCGCGCUUGCCCGGGCGCAAUCAGAGAAGAACAACCUGGCAUUGGCUCUGGAACUGUACCGCAAAGCAGAAGCCUACGUACCGGACAAUGUCAAACUGAAAGAGAGGAUUAUCGAGAUUGAAUGGGCCGUCAAGAACGGUAAACCCUUCAAGCCAUCCCCUAAGAAGCCGAGGAAAAAGAAGACCAAGAAGACGGCGGCAGCGGAAAAGAGCAGAGCGACUGGCAGUGAAUCUGUCUUGCAGGAUUCUCGAGAUGAGAACAAUGCACCGCCAGUCUUUGGUUCAUCAUUACUGGUAGGCUCGACCACUGCGUCGUUCAAACGACAGGCUGAAGGGAGCGAGAUCUGGGAAACGCCGAAGAGAAGGUAUAAGAAGAUCAGAGCUUCGAUCGAGCAGGAAGAUGACGAUGAAUAACUCACGAGUCUUCGAACGUUACGUUGGUUGACGUCUUCAUGCGCCUCGUUACUGUUGUAAACUGAAAUUAAAAGUGUCUUGCAUUUGUGGAUGUGCUGGGCCGCAUCAACAAGCAAUUGGAGAAGAGGCAACAGGGCUCUAAAGUUCUAACUGAUAAUGAUACAAAACUGUCUCGGCAAGUACUGUUGGCUACAAGUGAAGGGUGCAGGGGUAUGAGAAAGCUGUUGAAAGCUGACGAAGGGAGAUUUAUAACUAUGCUACAAAGUCAGGUGGAAAUUGGGCUCGUAAUUGCUUGUCAAAUAACGAAAAUUUAGGACGGGGGAUAUGAGAAAAACCAAACUGUUAUCCUGAG